UGCUGAGUAAUCGCUAAUUUUUUCAAGUUUUCGAUCAAGUGAACGGAAAUACUUGGUCUACGUGCCGGUCAUAAAAUAUAUAUGUAAACACAUUUAAGUGCAGAACUUAACAAGAAUGGGCUCAAGAAAUUCAACAUUUUAUUAUAAAGAGGACGAUUUUGACAAACCAAUGGCGAAUGUGUAUGACGACGGUGAGCAUUUGAGUAAUUUCUUACAUUGGGAGCAACAGAGUCUUCAACACAUUCUUUCCGAGGAACCUAACCGAGAUAUAUAUACCGAAGGACUUGAGUUAUCUGAUUGCUUUCACACCUUAAAUAUCUGUGUCAUUUAUGAUAAACAUUUCAGAAAUACCGUUUGCGAUUAUAUAUCACCGCAGAUAAGAGACCUAGGACAGCACUAUCACCAGUGCAAAAUACGCAGCUUUAAAAUAUUAUUUUGGGAGUUGUUGUCACGCAUGAUUCCGUGCAAUCACUUACAUCCACCUUUACACCUUACUAAUAAUCUUAUAUUCAAAGCAAACAAUCAUAUUGUAAUUAGUGAAAUACAAAUACCCAACUCUGAGCUUAUCGAUAAAUUAAUAAAAGAAUGCAGGAAAUCGGUUCCGAGAGAGAGGACAGCGAUUAAUGAGAUAUUCUCCGAUAUCAGAGACUGUGUUAGCCAACGUAAGCAUUCAACAUUGAAUUGGACAAAUUUCGAUAAAGGAACAAAACUUGACUUUGAAGAAAUUGACUAUGCAGGAAUGGACCUUGCAGCAAUUGACCUUGUAGCAAUUGACCUUGGAGCAAUUGACCUUGCAGUAAUUGAAAUACGCCAGGAAAUCGGAAGAGGAAAUUUUGGCGUCACGUUCGAGGCAACGUGUUAUUUUUUGACAAUUGCUGUAAAAAAAUUUAAAUACACAAUCGACGAAAUCGUCGAAGAACGAGGCAGGCAGCUAAUGCUUUUAUCGCAUUGCAAUGUUGUACCUAUACUUGGCAUCGCGCUUGAUGGAGAAUUUGCAUAUUUGCUAACAAAGUACUUAGAUGGUGGAACCCUACUCGACUACGUGCACAACAAGAUGCUACCCCUUAAUGUUGAUCACGCUUUCAGUUGGAUGAUUUCUCUUGCUAAGGCCAUUGAAUACAUUUUAUGUGUAGAGAACCUAGACCCACGUGUCAUAUGCAAUUUAAAGCCUAAAAACUUGAAGUUAAUGGAUAAUAAUACCCUUGUGACCUUAUGUAAUUUUUGUAUUGAGUUCGAUGAUAGCAAAUUGUUGAAAAAUAAUUUAGAUAAAUGCUAUAUAGCACCGGAGGUUCUCAAAGAUGGAGUUUACACAGAGCAGAGCGUCGUAUAUACCUAUGGUAUUAUCUUCUGGGAGGUAUUGGCACGCAAGAGCCCUUUCGAGCAGUAUCAAAAUGAGGAAUAUACUGAUAAAGAAUUACUAAUUAGUAGAGCAGUCAAAAGAGGUAUACGUCCGCCCAUUGAGUAUAUCGCUGUAAAGGCCUCCAAGCCAUUAGAAAUAUUCAUUAAAAAUUGUUGGCAUAAUGAACCGGCAGAACGACAUAGAAUGGAUGAAUUAGUGGAGAAACUAAAGGACGUCGAGUCUGACACGAAAAAAUGGAGAAAGCCGCGUAUCGUCGAUUUUAAGGAGAUAAAGCUGUGUGAAUAUGUCAUUGGGAAAAGUGAAUAUGGCAUUGUCUACAGAGCUGAAUGGCGCGAUAUAGAGAUAGGAUUAAAAAAAUACAUUAAAGUUUGCAAAAAUAACAUAAGACCUGGUCUUGUCGACGAGAUUACACUUCUCUCCAGCAAUGCCCAUGACAAUAUUGUACGAUUAUAUGGCAUAACCUAUGAUAGUCAGGAAAUAGCGCAUCUACUCAUGGAAUAUACUACUUGCGGAUCACUCUACAACUAUUUGCAUGGUGAGGAAAAGCGAGAUUAUACCAUUUCAAAUUCCCUCCACUGGAUGUAUCAGGCGGCAAAGGGUAUUGAGUACCUCUUGCGUACGAAAAUAAUCACAGGAAUACAUGGCAAUUUAAAUUCCCAAAAUAUGUUGCUGUUCAAUAACUUUACGCUUUUGAAAAUAAGUGAUUAUUGUUUUCCGGCCGAUGAGGAUGCGCAUUUCAUCCAUCAAAAUAAAGCGUAUGUAGCACCAGAGGUGUUGGACGGAAACCCGCAUACAAAAGAGAGCGACGUAUAUAGCUUUGGGAUUGUUGUAUGUGAGGUGUUUUCACACAGAAAGCCCUUUUAUCAAUGGGAAGAACCGCUCAGUUAUACUAAUUUACAAGCGAUCAUUGAAGGCGAACGCCCGGAUCUUAGUGAUUUAACUGAUUCCAAGUUUAAUGACAUCAAGGAAAUAAUUGAAAGCUGCUGGGCGGAACCAGAAGAGCGUCCCACAAUUAUGGAACUAAUCGAUUUGCUGAAUAAUCCUGGGGAGUUUAAAAAAGUAGCUAGGCUUGAAGCUGAAGUACUUCCGGAUGUACAAUUUGAGGAAAUUGAUAUUGAAAAGGAAAGUGUUCGGAAAGGUACCUUCGGGAAUAUCUACAAAGCUAAUUGGCAUCAACAACAGAUCGCAGUGCAGCGAUGCACAAGGGAGUCUUUUGAAGGGGACGAUUUCAACUUCGACUGUUUUGUAAGAGUGGUCAGAAACCUUAUCCGCGUUAGGCAUGAGAAUAUUGCGGAACUCUAUGGAAUGACCAUCCAUGAUAAUACAUUUUUUAUACUAAUGAAUUACCCAGAGGGUAUAUCCCUUCACAAAUAUUUGUAUGGAGAAGAAGAGUUUGAGUAUACAGUGGCGCGUGCGCUUAAUUGGAUGAUCCAGUGUGCCAAGGGUUUAGCUUACUUGCAUGCCAUGACACCGAAGCUUGUUAUCCAUGAACGUUUGAGGCCAUAUAACCUACUACUUCUAACCGAUGACUACCGAAUCUUGAAAAUUUUUGGCAUUCAAUGGUCUAAAAGGAAUAGUACUAUUUACGACGUUGAAAACUUUGGAAGUAUUUUGGCGGAGGUGUUUUUACGCACGAAGGCUUUUACAAAUUUCGGGGAAGGUAAAAUUACGGACUUUCUUACUGCAGAAGGCAUAGAGCCCAUAAAAAAAAUAAUUUCACGUUGUUGGAGCCAGCUGAACAGCUGGAGUACAACUGUAGAAAUGAAAGAAAUCGCUUCUGAACUCACGGAUAUACUCAUAGCCCUUGAUCCUUUAAUAGCUUCUAAUUUGAUAAAACCAACGGGUCCACACAAGUGGCCUCAACAUUCUGGACGAAGAACUUCUGAACAUAAGGAUAUGACACCGUACUCAGAUACUAUCAAUAUUGGGGAUAUAGAUAAAUACGAGGAAAUUGGGAGAGGUAGCUUUGGCUCUGUUUGUAGAGCUAAAUGGGGUAAUUUAGUUAUUGGGUUAAAAGAAAUAAAGCUAAUGCCAAAAAGCAAUGUCCUUACAAAAUUUAAUCAUGAGGUCAAGAUGCUUUCACUUGUUGACCACGAAAAUAUUGUAAAAUUAUAUGGGACCACCACUGAUUCGGAGUCUGUUUAUAUACUUAUGGAAUAUGCAGACUGUGGAUCUCUCUACGGAUACUUACAUGACGAUGAACAGCAUAGUUACAAAGUGUCAGAUGCUAUUGACUGGAUGAUUCAGACUGUUAAGGCUAUAACUUAUAUGCAUGGCAAGGAACCGCCCCUUAUUCAUCGAGAUUUGAAAACUUCAAAUUUGCUACUAACCAAAAAUUUCAAACAUUUGAUGAUUGGCGAUUUUGGCACUGUCAGAGAAUUGGCGACAACAAAUACGAGCGAAAUUGGAACCCCUUCUUAUGUAGCACCCGAGGUUCUCAAAGGAAAAGAAUAUACGGAAAAGUGCGACAUUUACAGCUUUGGCAUUAUUCUAUGGGAGGUAAUGUCGCGCAGGAGGCCUUUCGAUCACCUUGAGAAUAGCGUGGCAGAAGCAAGGAAAUAUCUUACUCUAAGUGGGGAACGGCCCGAUCUGGAAGUCAAACUUAUAAAGAAAUGUGAUCCAUUGCUAGAAUUGAUUGAAGAUUGUUGGCAUCAAGAGCCGGACAUGCGACCCUCUGCUAAAUCUAUUGAUUUAAGUACAAUUUCAUGUUUUGAUAAAUAUAUUAUAUAACCAACGCCAAAACAAUCACAAUAAUAGUAAAA